GACUGGAAACAGCCUACCGUAAUCUACCUCCAAACGGAGUAGUGGCGUUACCGAUAUCAUCACAUUCCGCUGCAGAGAAGAAGAACCCACUCAGGGAUUUUUACCGGAUUUUAAUGACUGAGUUAAUAAUUUAUUUUACACUACUCUUGAGGAAUUGGGAUAUCUCGUCUUUUUACUCUGAAGUGUUGCCUUCCACCACCAUAGACAACAUCUACGAGCAGUGUGUAGGUGCUUUCUCUCGGCCCCUCUCUGGAUGCACCAGCCUCCUCUACGCCAGGGACCUGGACCCCGCGACUGACCCCCACUUCCCUGCUCCUCUACCCCUCUCCUGCCUCUCCUUCCCUCCCCCUCUCCUCGCUCUCUCCCUCACCUGUCUCCCCCUGCCCUCCCGCACGGGGCCCCCUGCCUCUCGCCCCGCCGGCCGAGGCAGGGGGCCAUGGCGCCAUGGUAACCCUCAGCCGACACAAGCCCGCCGCCAUGAGCAGCGCGACCCCCCAAGAGGGCAGGGGUCGAGGGUCGAACCUAGCCCCGGACCGCUACAAGCCCUUCAGCUCGCAGGCACACUACCAGCAGGUCAUGAUGGCCCUGCGUAAGCUCCGGGAGAGCGGCUUCUACUGGGGGGCCGUGGGGGGCCGCGAGGCCAGCUCCCUGCUGCGCUCGGAAGCCCCCGGCACCUUCCUGGUGCGCGACUCCUCGGACCACCACCACUUCUUCACGCUCUCCGUCCAGACGGCCCGCGGCACCAAGAACCUGCGCAUCCACAGCGAGCGGGGGGGCUUCUUCCUGCAGCCGGACCCCCACAGCGUCCGGCAGCCGCCGCAGUUCGACUGCGUGCUGAAGCUCAUCGCCCACUACAUGGGCAAAGGCCCCGAGCACUGGGGCGAGGUGGGGGGUGCGGCGGCGGCGGCGGCGGCGGCGGCGGCGGCGGCGGCGGCGGCGGGGGCGGCGAUGGUGGGGGCGGGGCCGGGGGUGGGCACGGCGACGGGGGGCGGCGUGUACCUGAUCCACAGUGGCGGGGAGAAGGUGGCGCUGGAGCUGCGCCGGCCCCUGUCCUCGUCCCUCUCCUCCCUGCAGCACCUGUGCCGCCGGACCCUGAACAACCGGCGGGGGGGCGGUCUGGGGGGGAGCGCGGGCCGAGGUGAACAGCUCCCGCACACGCUCAGAGGCUUCCUGGAGGAGUACGACGCCCCCAUCUGAGGGGUGGGGGGGGGGGGGCGCGGCCGAGGUAGAGGUCUCCCGGCCCCUUAAAGGGCAGACAUGUGAGGUGAAUUGUGCCAUUGGAAAACUCCAACCCUCACCCCCAAUCACAGUAGAGCAGAAUUUGACGAGAAACCGCGCUUUUGACGAUCGUAGGCGUGCGCCCGCGUUGACAUUGAUUGAACAGGUUCCUGGCCCCAGAGGUGGACAGAAGACAAGAGCCAAGGCAAGGUUCCGCGUAGCUACGGAGAGUUUGUCAACACCAUCUUCCUCCUUCAUUACUCACCACCAGUCAAAUAGCCAAUGUGUGUGUGUGUGUGUCUGAGUGUUACGAUUUUCCUAGUUGUUGUUGACGCAGAGCAGAGCCUCAUAGAAGAUUAUAUGAAAAGGAUGUUGUUGACCAGAUUUGGUCAUUUAAACAGCGGCACUGACUGAAACGAUCAGUAUGCCUCAGUGAUCAAAUGUGGUUCCCUCUCCCGCUCUCUCUCUCUCUCUCUCUCUCUCUCUCUCUCUCUCUCUCUCUCUCUCUCUCUCUCUCUCUCUCUCUCUCUCUCUCUCUCUCUCUCUCUCUCUCUCUCUCUCUCUCUCUCUCUCUCUCUCUCUCUCUCCUUCUGGUCAGCUGUUGAAAACCACUUUUAUUUUUUUUAGGGCCAAGUGGGACAUAAGUGUGUUUCUAGGGCUAUGAAUGUGUGAAUGUGUUCACACACACAUUAUGUUAGUCACACGGUUUAUAUCGCCAUUGCCCGUCAAAGCUCAUUGUCUUGUAAGAGGAUGUGGGCAUGGACAAAUCCAUACAAAAAAGAUGCACACAGACCCCCACACACACACAUGCACACACACACACACACACUGAAAGAGAGACAAACAGGUAGAUCAAGUUGGGAACAAAAGAGUGAAAAAGAAUACAUCCUCUGUCUUAUUGUUAGUCCAGCCCUUACCGUCUAAACUUCAGCCUCUCUCCUCCCUUUCCCGCUCCCUCUCUCCCUCUCUCCCUCCCUCUCUCCCUCCCUCCUUCCCUCCAUCCCUCUCUUUCUCUCUUUGGAAGUGACAGAAAGCAGUAGACGGUUGUCAUGGAGACCAACGGCUUGGCGGGGGACCAGCGGGGUCCGACAGCGCUUCUCGCGUGGAUCUGGUCUGAGAGCCUGAGAGGAAGACAGAUAGCCCAGGGGAGGGGAGGGGAGGAGGAGGAAAAAAAAUACUCAAUGCAGUCAUAAAACGCUGAGCGGGGAUUGGAUGUGGAGGGGAGAGAGGAGCGGGAAACGGGAUUAAGGAGAAGGAAAGGGGAGGGGGCAGGGUGGAAGAGGAGGAGACAUGAUGGUAUAUAGUGGGGGGGGGGGGGGGGGGGGGGGACAAAACACAACAGACCAAGCCAGAGAAGCCGUGAGACGUCCUUUAAUGUCCUCAAAGAAUGCCCCCCCCCCCCUAUUUCUAUAUUAACAUCCUCUCCUCCACAAUUCCCAUCAUUUAUAGCUCAGAAUACUGUAUGUUUGGGCUUCAGUGUGUGUGUGUGUGUGUGUCUAUGUGUGUGUGUAUUUGAGAGAGUGUGCGUGUAUGGGUCUGGUUCUGUGUGAAGGUAACGCGGAUCAUCGCUCACUCCAGUUCUCCACGUCAUCCGUGACUAUGAAGGAGACUUCCUAGAACUUAGGAAACGAGACAGGAAAAUAAUCGUAAGACGAAUGAAGUUAAAUUCCGGUAAACGGUUUCUCAGCUCAUCCAGUUUCUUUCAACACUGCAACGUAUUCCCUUACGAUGGCAUUUACUCUCCCCACAUGUCAAGGGAACUCCCACAAGUCACGGCCUGAAGGCUUUUCAAGACAAAAAGUCUGAAUUUUUGUCAAACCUGUUACGGCCAUUUGUUUUCAAAUCUGUUUGUAUUCUAUUGUAAUGUCUGUACUUUUAUCCGACAACGGCGUGUAAAAUGAGUCUAAUCCAUAGGAUAAUUAUUUAGCAACGUUUUGGGGAGGACUUCGUAGUGGAAGGAAUGUCCAAUCCCUAUAGUGUUAUUUGACCUAAUCAACGCCAUGUGUUAGGCCUAUGUAAGCGCAUGUAGUGUGUGAAUCAUUUGUCUUUUAUAAAGACUCCUUAACAACUGGCUGGCCACUAGUCUGGCAAAUACAAGCUGUAAUACCUGAAGUAAAACGGAAAAAAAACUGCAUUACAAAAACGAAAAAAAUAACUGAAAGGACCUUUGCACAUAUUUAUAUUUCUAAAAUAUUUCAAUAAUUUAUAUUAAAGAGCACUAUUUUUACGAAAGUGAA